GGCUGCCUCAUUGGCCAACACGCUGUGCUGCGUUGCAGGACAAGCAUUUCUUCGGUACUCAUCAGUUUUCGAGCACUGGUGCAAGAGCUGCUGGAUUCAGCGUGUGCACAGAUGCUGCGCUGCACCGUCCUAGCGGCAGUCGUCGCAACAGCGACCGCCGGCGCGCGCGACGCCUGGCAGGCCUCGCUGCAAAGCAGUAAGAGGGACCGGCCGCCCCCCAGAUCUCCGAUCUGGGACAAGUCCUUCCGCUGCGUCAUCAACGGCAAAAACGCGUCGACGAACGCCUACGCCGUGGUGUUGGGUCCCAUCUCCGAGGAGCGGAAGUAUUCCAAGUGGGUAUAUCCUAUCUUAGCGCUGAAGGCCGCUUUGCACAAACGCGGAUCGCGCGCGGACGUCCUCGCGCUCCUAGCUCUGGAAGAAGACAAGGAACACCAUCGCAUGCUUCCUGGGGAGGAAGCCAUGCUCCGAAAGGCCGGUGUGCGGUACCGCUACGUUCCAAAACCUAGAAUAAGAGGCUUCCACAUGGGCCACUACAAAUUGUGGGCCUGGCAGCACACGGAGUACCGCCGAAUACAAGUCUUGGAUGCGGACGUCCUGCCGCUCGUAAAUAUGGACGCGCUGUUCGACCUGCCGAUAGCAUCUCCAUUUGUCGGCUGCCCGGGCAAGGAUAGUGUCUUAAACGCGGGCUGGUUCUCGCUGACACCGGACUGCGAGACCUUCAAGCGCAUGACGGACCUGCUCUGGUACCGCGGCAUGCGCCGGCCGCGGCAGUGGGACAUCUCGAAAGGCUGGGGCGUGCCGAUGCCGGCCUGGACGAACGCUCUUGGGAGAGAAAUGAACACCGGCUGGGACUUCUUCGACGCCCGGGGCAACCAGGGCCACAUGUACGCCUACUUUAGGUUUUUUGCGCGGGAUCUGGUGCUCUUCUACCCGUCGCAAGUGGUCCGUUAUUCAUUAUCGAGGGAGGUCGUCGUUUCUACGAUGGGCGACGGCUCGGACCUCUCGCAAAAGGUCUGGGCGGCGUUCCCCUGCCCCUUCGUCCGCAAGGAGGCGCCUCCACCAUUAGCGUAUUACCACUUCACGGGCAACAAAAAACCCUGGUCGAAGUACGACCCCUCCAAUUCGAAAUUCGCGGAGUGGUACGCGGCGCUGGGCGAGGCCGGCGUCGACCCGUCGGUCCUUUUUGCUGAGUAAUUGUUUGUUGUGAG